GGCCACUCUAGUAUCUAUACAUCUCCUACUGUGGAAUUCACGAUGCUCGAAACGCCCAAGGAGGCCGUCGUGUUUGUCGAGUCCAUCCUCCUAGCUCUAUCACUCGCAGCCGUGGUAGCCCGACUGUUCGUCCGCCGGGUACACCAGGGGCAAAGUCUCACUGUCUGCGACUGGCUUCUCGUGGCCUCCAUGCUCGACGCCAUUGCCCUGUUCACGACCGACAUGUUAGCCUACAAGCUCGGGGCCCUGGGACCUUGGCCAACAUCGGUGGCCGAUGAGAUCAGCUUGAAGAAGGUCACGUUUGCGGGCAACUACUUUUACGACACGGGCAUCUACUUCCCCAAGUUGGCGCUGUGUGCGCUCUACUUCAAGCUCAUCCCGCCCACGAUGCCGAAAUUGCGCAAAAUCAUGCACGCCACGAGCGCGUUGACGGCGACGUUUGCACUCACUACAUGCUUCCUAGACACAUUCUGGUGUGGCACUCGACCCUCGGUGAACUGGAGCUUGGGAGAGGGAGCCUGCAGUACCUACGAUUCCAAAGAGGUCUUCCACAUUGACUGGGUCAUGAAUAUUGUGUCUGAUGUUAUCAUCUUCAGCCUUCCGUUCCCGCUUCUUAAAGGAUUGCAGCUCAAGCCGCGCUACAUCGUCGGUGUCGCUGCCAUCUUCUCUGCGGGCAUCAUCACUGUGGCUGCCAGUGUGAGCCGCUUCGCCACGGUUGAGGUUAUUCACAACUGGCCCAACGUCUAUAUCCUCUCCAUGGCCGAGAUGGCAGCAGCCAUCAUCGUGGUCUCGCUCCCUGCCCUCAAGCCGCUCCUGCGCCGUCGCGGAGAGGGAUCGACAGGACAGUACGGCACUGGAGCGAGCGGGCAAAGGGCGACCACGUCGAGCCACGUCAAGCUAUCCUCCGGAAGGGAUCCUUACAUGGCGACGGCACACGUGGGUUCUGCGGAAGAUUCAGGCAGCGACGUGGAGCUGCGCAAUGUCGGACGCAGCAACAUGAUCUACAAGACGGCCCAUAUCUCCGAAUGGAUCCUGCUGGCCAUUUCUUACGUUUUCGUCGCCUUGCGCGUUUACACGCGCCUCUUUCGUCUGCGUGAGAAGCUCAACUGGGCUGACUGGCUGCUGGUGGCCUCGGCCAUCAACGCCCUUGGUCUGAUCAUCUGCGACACGUUGACCUUCCAACUGGGGGUCAUGGACGCCUGGGCGUCUUCGGUCGCACUGUCAAAGAUCAGCUUCGCCUCCAACUACUUUUACGAUGUCGGCAUGGGCUUCCCUAAGCUGAGUCUCAUUGCCUUUUACUGGGCGUAUUUCCCGACACACGCCAGCCCCGGCAUGCGCAAGGCUCUCUGGGGCAUCACCGCCAUUGUGAUAGCCUGCUAUAUCACUAUCCUGUUCGACGACACCUUCUUCUGCGGCUCUGAUGUUUCGGUGCAGUGGUCCCAGGAGGAUGGCGCCUGCAGCGUCUUCUACGCCCCGGAACCCUUCAUCGUCAACUUUACCCUCAACUUGGCCUGCUAUCUCGUUGUCUACGCGCUUCCUCUCGCCCUGCUGAUACAGGGUGUUCUCAAGCCCUCCAAGGGGGUUGUCUUGACUUUUGUUCUCGGUGCCUUGACCAUUGCUACCACGAUGAUUCGCUUCAUCACACUCAAUGUCGGGACCGGCCAGGUCAAUCUCGUCUAUCCUCUCAGUAUUCUCGAAAUGACGCUGGCCAUCGUCGUCGUCGCCCUGCCGGGCUUAAAGCCUCUUGUAGAUGGCUCCGCUCGCCGCCAUCCCCCGGUCCAUACUGUGGGAGUGAACCACCACGACAAACCAUACUCAUCUUAGACGCUGGCAGAGGGUUUGCGCGUAGAGUGUGCAAUUGGCAAAAGGGGUGGUCGAUAGAGCGGC